GGAUGAAAGUGAUUUCCAGCUUUAUGCCGAAAUCCCCAAUUUCUCUGCCGAUGAGAUUGAAGCAUUUAAGAACAUGGGGUUUGCUGUCACGAAUGUGGAGAUACCAGCACUGCAGCCAACAAUGGAGAGCACCAAUGGCGAAUGUCCUCCUGAUCUCGCUUUGGCUGCCAUUGAAUGCUCCUUGACAGUUGGCCGGAAGCAGCUAUAUGAGACAUGCUUUGAGCAUGGGGUCAACAUUGAUGGAGAUUCAGUUUACCACACCUGGAAAAAAUUGAAAUCAAAGAUGAAAAGUGCCCAGCCAACAGUUGAUUUUCUUGGAAAUAUUCCACAUGUUCCAAAGCUGGCAGCUAAAGAAAAAAGCAAACCUUCAACUGGCUCCAAAGAUGGGUAUUUCGUCAUCACAUGUGAUGAAGCUUACCAGUCAAAACUUAAGAAAGAAGAGGAAAAGAAAGAGAGAGAGAGAAAAAAGAAAUUAAAUGCAGGAAAAAGAAAAGCCAAAAAUCAGUUAAAAUAAUAAAAAGAUUAGCAAUUUGUACAUUUGUAUUCAUAUUUUUUUUUACCAAACAAAAUUUGUUAUAGCUAUAAAAUGCAGCAGUAUAGGUCUAAGAUUUUGAUUUAUCAGGCAUAGAUUGGGCAGGGCAUUUUUUCUUGCAGCAAACAAAACUGCUUUUUUGAUAACAUAGGAAAAAGCAUAGGGAAAUCUAUGUCUAAGGUGAGUAAGUGACAC